AUGUCUAAAGACACGGAGGCCAAGAGCGAGGAGAUUAUGGAGUCGAGGGUGCUCUGGUACCCGGAUUCGAAACGAAACACACAAAUGGACCGAUUCCGGAGUCUAGUGAACCGAGUCUUCGGGCUGCAUCUGGCUAAUUAUAAUGACCUGUAUCAGUGGUCUGUGGACUCUUAUCCAGAGUUCUGGGCACAGGUUUGGAGAUUCGGUGGCAUCACUUGUUCGAAGAUGUAUGAGGAGGUGGUUGAUGUGUCUAAAAGGAUAUCCGAUGUACCUGAGUGGUUUAAAGGCAGCAGACUGAAUUAUGCAGAGAACCUGCUCAAGCACAAAGAUCAAGACAAAGUGGCUCUGUAUGCUGCAACUGAGGCAAAAGAGGAGAUCGUGAAGGUGACUUUCGGGGAGCUGAGGCGUGAUGUCGCUCUCUUCGCUGCUGCCAUGAGGAAGAUGGGCAUCAAAACUGGAGACAGGGUUGCAGGAUAUCUUCCCAACGGGAUUCAUGCUGUUGAGGCUAUGCUCGCUGCUGCCAGUAUCGGUGCCAUCUGGAGUUCAACCUCUCCAGAUUUUGGUGUCAAUGGAGUUCUCGACCGAUUUUCUCAGAUCCAGCCCAAGUUGAUCUUCUCAGUAGCAGCUGUUGUGUAUAACGGCAAGCAGCACGAUCACAUGGAGAAACUCCAAAACGUUGUUAAAGGUCUCCCUGACCUGAAGAAGGUUGUGGUCAUUCCAUACGUUCGCUCUCGACAGGAGACUGACCUCUCCAAGAUUCCCAGCAGCGUGUUCCUGGAUGACUUCUUGGCCACAGGUAAAGAAGGGGAUCAGGACCCUCAGCUGGAGUUUGAGCAGCUGCCCUUCUCUCAUCCUCUCUUCAUCAUGUACUCUUCUGGCACCACAGGAGCUCCCAAGUGCAUGGUGCAUUCUGCUGGGGGCACUCUCAUCCAGCAUCUUAAAGAACACAUUCUCCAUGGCAACAUGACCUACAAUGAUGUCAUCAUAUAUUACACUACGACGGGCUGGAUGAUGUGGAACUGGCUGGUGUCCUCUCUAGCCGUCGGGGCUUCUGUGGUCCUGUACGAUGGCUCGCCUCUUGUUCCCAGUGCCAAUGUGCUCUGGGACCUUGUAGACCGUCUGGGAAUCACGAUUUUUGGGACCGGAGCGAAGUGGCUGUCUGUGCUGGAGGAGAGAAAUCUGAAACCUGUAAACACACACAACCUGCAGACCCUCCACACACUCCUCUCUACAGGAUCUCCAUUGAAGCCUCAGAGCUAUGAGUAUGUGUACAGCUGUAUUAAGAACAAUGUGCUACUGGGAUCCAUAUCAGGUGGCACAGACAUCAUUUCAUGCUUCAUGGGUCAGAACAUGACGGUGCCGGUUUACAGAGGGGAAAUUCAGGCCCGAAAUCUGGGCAUGGCCAUCGAGUCCUGGAACUGUGAAGGUAACCCUGUUUGGGGCGAGAGCGGAGAGCUGGUGUGUUUGAAGCCCAUCCCGUGUCAGCCCACUCAUUUCUGGAACGACGAGAACGGCAGCAAAUACCACAAAGCCUACUUUUCUACCUUCCCAGGAGUCUGGGCCCACGGUGAUUACUGUAAGAUAAAUCCAAAAACGGGAGGAGUCGUCAUGCUGGGGAGAAGCGACGGAACAUUGAAUCCUAAUGGAGUUCGGUUUGGGAGCUCAGAAAUUUAUAACAUUGUGGAAGCCUUUGAGGAAGUUUCCGACAGCCUUUGUGUCCCUCAGUACAACAGCGAUGGAGACGAGCGGGUGAUUCUGUUCCUGAAGAUGGGACCCAAUAAGAGCUUCAGUCAGGAGCUAGUGGGGAAGAUCCGCAGCGCUAUCAGAGUAGCUCUCUCUGCACGACACAUACCAGCCUUGAUCCUGGAGACCAAAGACAUCCCGUACACUAUCAGCGGAAAGAAGGUCGAGGUCGCAGUAAAGCAGGUGAUCGCAGGUAAGGACGUCACUCAGCGAGGGGCUUUCUCAAACCCGGACUCCUUAGACCUCUACAAGAACCUACCUGAACUCCUGAACUUCUGAGCGCUUGCGUGAGGUACAUCUGAACUCCUGAAAGUCCUGCGUUUCUGGGUCCCUUCGGAGGGUUCAGAUUUUACCUGUUGGACCUUCUGGAAGAAUUCCUAGAGCUUUUUAAAUGUCAAAGUUCUUUGUUUUCUCUACCUGUUGCUACAAACUCAACUAACCGUUGGAACGGAUGGAGUCUGUGCAUGUAGCACUUCCUCCAAAGUCUAACUGGUUCCUCUUGGAUAGAAAGUUGUGUGCCAUUUUAUGCGAUUCCGACUUGGAUCUUAAAGGGAUAUUUUAUCUGCUUUUGUUAUUUUUGUUAUUGCGUCCACCAAGCAUUAUUCCCAUGAGACGUACUGAACUAAUUCACAAACCAGUUGUCUUCAUCUAUGAUGUCAGUCCCAUAUCUAUAAGACAAAGUCACUUUAAUCUUAAUUGAAGGUGUAGGAAAAUCUGUGAAUCUUUUUAAGCUCUAAAAUGACACUUUAUUCUCAUAAAUCUUCAGGAAUCAAAUUCACAUGUUACCGAACAUUGGGGAUUUCUCUUGUGGUAAAAAUGGGAGCCAUUUAUGUAGUAAUACUGACUUUUUGGGUCAAACCAACUGUUUCCCAGAACUGGUAACAUCUAUGAAGCAAAGUAUUACUGGUACAGUUUCCGGAUUACGACCUGUUGCCAUAAUGAAAUCAGUGCAACUGACUUCCCGUCUGGAAACAUAAAUAUAUUUAUAUUUUUAACCAUAGUAAAUAGUGGUUCAUCACAUCUGCUGUAUUUGUAGAGUAUAUUAUGCUGUCCAGAACUACUCUCUGUUGUCUACUAAAGCUGAUGUAGCUCACUGGCCAAAAAGAUUUCCUUAUAUUUGUACAUAUAUACUGUAUAUAUUUGAUUCUGUAUAUGCAGCUGCAUGUUUUGUGCUACACUAGCCUCUUUCUCUGUCUCUUUGGGUGCACCUUAUAUCAAGUUUUCAUCAACAACUGAAGCUCAUCUUCAGCCAUUCUUUGGUAUAUAGCUUUAUCUUUGCUGUCCCCAAAUACACUGGCUUACUUUUGUCCUGUUUCCCGUCAUCUGAAGACCGCAUAAACAUAUGGAAAGAGCAGCUUUGUUUGUGGUUUGAGGUUUUGAAAGUCAGCGAGACUGAGUGACAUGAUAUCCAGACAACAUUAGAUUAUAUAAUGUUUGCAUUAAGAGUAAAGUGAAGAAUUCUGGCCAGUUGAAAUGCAUCUAAAACCACAAUGAAAACUAGAAAAUAUUGAUUUAUGUUGGAUCGGAUACAAGCUCUUUGACGUGUACUGAUGAUGCAUUUACACUCGCUCUGCAGCGUAUCACAGAAACAUUUAGCAACAGCAUGCCACCAUCCAGAAAAUCCUUUUGGUGUGACACUGAGAGGAUAUGCUACAGCUGCUCGCAACAAAGGCCUAAAAAAAAAGACUGCGUUUUUAAUUUUUAAAAAUAAUGUUUUACUUUUUUUGCUAAUAAUGUCAUUUCAGCAGUUGUUUACAACAGAGAAGCCCCACAUGCUAGUAUUGAUGUACAUUUCAAGUUUUAGAGGGUCAUAUUUUUGGGAUAAGUUUGGAAUUUUUUUCUGUUCUGGGUUUGUUACACAUUGGAAAGUGAAUUUUUAACCUGUGAGUAAAUCCAUUUGACCUCAGUGAGGACUCCUUACUUGGUUUCCUAAAUAGAAACCACACACUACAGAUCAUACACGAUAAAGGUUAGGCGUAAUGAAACUCAUAAGCAUGGACUGGCCCUUUAAAAGACUUGUUUCUUUCAAAUUGAAAUGGUUCAGGAUGGAGGUGCAGAUGGCAAGCAGUUGUGCAGAUCGCCUGAAUUACAUCAGUCCUUAUUUCCGCUUCAGACAAGCAGGGAUGGCUCUGUUUCACCUCAUGACCACCCUCGUGCCACCAUAUGCCCCAUAUCUGCUCAGUUUUGCUGACAGGACAUGCCUGGUCUGGGACUGUGGACAGAAGGAAAGCUACCCAAUCCUCAUUUAUUGACAGUCACUGUGGAUUUCACUGUAACCUAUGGCUGGUUGCAAACAUAGUUGUCCCCCAACAUUUAUUAAAUUUCAUGAACAUUCCAAGGAGAUCUACCUUUUUUCCUGCUUCUUUUUGAUACAUGGAAAUACUGAAAAUAUUGGAAAUAAUUUUCCUUAUUAGCAUAUUACAUUACAUGCAUUUGGUGCACUACUAGUAAACGAAAGGUGUUUUCUCCUCAGUGGCUAAUUUAGUAUUCCUGCUUUGAAAUAAUAUUAUUGUACAUCGCAGAAUGUGAAUAAUGAUUACUAAUAUAGUUGAGAAUAUAUUUGUUAUGAAUAUAUUAUGCCCAUAAGCUGUAUAUCCUUGAACCGCUUCAGUUAUGUCCACUAGAAGCAUACAUGUAUUUCAUGUAUAAAGAUGCUUAUUGUACUCCUAAUUAAAGAACUAAAAAAUAA